CUUAAUUUGGGCAAUUUGAGAGCCGGAAUUGUAGAUUGUUUUUGAUCGUCGUCAUCGUUUUCUAAAAAUAUUUGAUUAUCAAAAUGUUUACUUUAUGGACGCUUGUCGAGGCUUCUUUACUAUGCCUGAAUGCAGUAUGUGUACUACACGAGGAACGCUUUUUGGCUAAGUUUGGUUGGGGCGCACAGGCAAAUAACAUGCAAGAAUUUGGACAGCCCACAGCGAAAGCUCAGAUCCUUAAUCUCGUUCGUUCCAUACGUACAGUCGCGAAGAUUCCACUGAUAUUCCUUAAUGUGCUUGCGAUAUUAAUAAAGCUGAUACUUGGAUAAUAAAUCAACUUUUAUUUUGCAUAUUUUUUGUAAAUUAAUCUAAAAACUAAUACUAAAUAAAUUAAAAUUUCAAUGCA